CCCACUGUCAGUUGACUAGUUGCUGUGGUGGGGUGAGGACACGGCUGGGCUAGCACGCACGCACACACACACGACCACUCGCUCUAAACAACUCCCGUGCUCUUUGCUACACUCCUCUUACCCGUUGCCUCUCUGCCCCCUUACAGAGCGGCAGUCUGGCCCCCACGCAGGAGCGACUCCGCCUCAAGAUGGAAGGGCUCGUCAACGUCAAUAUGGACGACCAGAGGUUCUCCGUGUUGAGCUACGAUCAAGUGCGACAGCUGAACGACGUGUUGCACGAGGUGGUGCCCAUUCACGGCCGCGGCAACUUCCCCACGCUGGAGAUCCGUCUGCGAGACUUGGUGUCUAUGGUGAGAAGCAAGCUGGAGGCUGACUCCAUGACGGUGCGCGACAUACGCAUCAACGGUGGCGCCGCCUCGCACAUCCUGGCCACGGAGGGCGACCAGGCCUACAACGAUCUCGACCUCAUCUUCGCUGUCGACCUCAGCACCGCCAGGAACUUCGACCGUGUCAAGAACGCCGUCCUGGAGGUGCUACUCGACUUCCUGCCCGAGGGCGUGAGUAAGAAGCGCAUGUCGUCGUGCUCCAUGAAGGAGGGCUAUGUCAACAAGAUGGUCAAAGUGAACGACACUGACCGCUGGUCACUCAUCUCCCUCUCUAAUAACGGCGGCAGGAACGUCGAGCUCAAGUUCGUGGACAGCAUGAAGCGACAAUUCGAGUUCUCUGUAGACUCCUUCCAGAUCGUGCUGGACUCCUUGUUGCUCUUUUACGAGUGUGCCGAGAUGCCCAUCAGUGAGAAUUUUUACCCCACGGUAGUGGGCGAGAGUGUGUACGGGGACUUCCCUGAGGCGCUCUACCACCUGCAGAAGAAGUUGAUCGCCACCAAGAACCCCGAAGAGAUCCGCGGGGGUGGCCUCCUCAAGUACUGUAACCUGCUGGUCAAGGACUACGAGCCCUCGCGGCCCGAGGAGAUCAAGACGUUGGAGAGGUACAUGUGUUCGCGCUUCUUCAUCGACUUCCCAGACGUGGGUCAGCAACAGACCAAGCUGGAGGCCUACCUGUGGAACCACUUUGUGGGGCCUGACGAGGCCCUGCGCUACGAGUACCUCAUGGUGCUGCACCGAGUUGUGGACGAGUCCACCGUGUGUUUAAUGGGUCACGAGCGACGCCAGACUCUAAACCUCAUCGACGAGCUCGCCUGUCAAGUGUUCUACACAGAGCAGCAGCGGCUGUACGUCAAGCAGCAGCACUGUAGCGGCAGCAGCAGCAGCAGUAGCAGCAGCAGCACGAGCAGCAGUAGCAGCUUCGACGUGCACAUAGCUCCCCCUCCUCCUGUCAUCUACAGCAACGGCUACUACUACGCCCCCAUCGUACCCGCGCCUGCGCCGCCCCAGUCGUACACGUGCACGUGCGGGUGGCUGCAGUGUGCCUAAUGCACGCGCGUGCCCGGGCCCGACGGGCCCCCAGCCCGCCCAGGCCCGUUAGUGCCAAGAGUAAACACUGGUGACGCUGUGGUUGUGGGGCGGUGAGCCCAGGACACUAGUGGUGGCCGCCCACCCUCACCCAGGCGCUGUGCACCCCACUCCAGCGGAGGCCCAGCUGCAUCACCACCAGCACGCCCAGCACCAGCAGCAGGCGCGUUGGUGGUGGUGCAGCUCUGUGGUAACCGCAGCGUCACCGCCCUUAUGUGAUAUGUACAUGAGUAUGUGUGUAGUGCAGUACGAGUCUCCAGGCCAUAGCCACACAACAGUGUCCGUUUACGUUAGCCAAAGGAGUAUUAUUAUUUCGAUUAAUAUUGGUCAUUUGUGGACAGACAGACAGACGUGUGUUACCACAGGACCCCACCACGCCCCAACACACCACCACCCCUGGGAGCCUCGCCAGGUGGCCACGCAGCAGGUGAGCCAAGGUGAACCACACGUGUGACCAAGGUAUAAUAACCCUAGAGGGAUCAAACACUGGUGAUGCACACUCUGGCAGUAGUAUAAAGCUUACAUGAGAUAAUAUUGUUUCCCGUGACGCUACACACCAUUGAUCCACUGAGGAAACGUAGGAAAAAAACCGUGAUGGAAGUGACAAUGGCUUGUCAAUCCGGUCGUGUUUGUGAAGCGGUGAUUGUGUAGUCAGGAGCACCUUUCUCCCUCCCUCCCUCCUCCUGAGCCUUCAGGUAGAGGAGGAGGAGGGGGAAUGAGAUCUUUCAAGAGAGGAGGGGGAGAUCAAGAAGCUCUCUUCUCGCCCAUAUGCCCCCUCCCCCCUUCCGUUCCCCUCGGUAGCCCAGCAGCCGUGCCGAGGCCAGGAGAGUGCGUCAGGACCUCCUAAGAGCAGCAAGACCCCGGGUGACGCCCUACAGGAGGUGGAAUCCUGCAGCGCCCUCUACAGGAUCGCUCUUAACCUCUGACCUGCGCCCCCUCCACCCCACCUCAUCCUCCACGUCUCCCAGCUGGAGGCACGGUGCCAGGACGGGGUCAACUGGGGUCACUGCGGGGUCACAGCCAGGUGGACGACCGCCACACAUCCCCCACAAUGAGGUCAAGGAAGAACUGAUCUCAGGGGGCCUCCACGUAGCUCUGGCCCGGCGAGCACUGGGCGGACCAAGUCAACCAGGGUCACAAAGUUACCUGCUUCCAGAGAUGAUCACAGCAACCACGAGUCGACUACGUUGCUGCGGCUUCUGGAGAGGAACUUAGAAUAGAAGGUUUAAGAAAGACAACCAAUCACCACCAGCCACCUCCCCUUGACGCCACAGUCUCCAGAAUCAACAGCUUCUAGACCUGUCAACUAUUCAUUGCGAAUUUUAUCUCCUGACAUCACAGUUUGGACAAUCACCAAUUAGUCAUGACAUGACAAAUAUCCUUCUUUUGUCGUCAUAGCUUUUAAAAUCUUUCAAACCAAUCAUCGCAAACAUCGUCAUCUGACGUCACAGUUUCUAAAACCCCUCCCUCAAUCAUCGCAAUCAUCAUCUGACGUCACAGUUUCUAAAACCCCUCCC